AUGUUUAUGACAAGGUCAGAAUACGAUCGAAGCGUUAAUUCCUUCAGUCCUGAAGGCCGUCUUUUCCAGGUCGAGUAUGCGAUCGAAGCUAUCAAACUGGGAUCCACUGCUAUCGGCAUCCAUACUAAAGAAGGUUGCGUUCUCGCCGUUGAAAAAAGAAUUACUUCGCCUUUAAUCGUCCCUACUUCUAUUGAAAAGAUCUUCGAAGUCGACAAGCACGUUGGCUGUGCCAUGUCUGGUCUUAUCGCCGAUGCCAGAACCAUGAUCGAUCGAGCACGAGUUGAAGCCCAGAACCACUGGUUCACAUUCAACGAGCAAAUGAAGGUCGAAUCUAUCACUUCAGCGGUCUCCUCGCUGGCCCUCGCUUUUGGAGAAGGCUCUUCGUCAGAGAAAACCAUGUCCCGUCCAUUUGGUGUUGCUCUUCUCUUCGCCGGCGUCGAUAAGAACGGGCCAAGCCUUUACACUCUCGAUCCGUCCGGAACGUAUGUUCGCUGUGACGCAAAAGCCAUCGGCAGCGGCGCCGAAGGAGCCCAAACAUCCCUCGGCGAGUUUUAUCACAAGGACAUCACCUUGAAAGAAGCCACUAAACACGCGCUCACCAUUCUCAAGCAGGUGAUGGAGGAGAAGCUUACUGCCAAAAAUAUCGAGCUCGCCCUUGUAACCGCCGAAGACGGAUUCAAAAUUCUAAAAGAAGACGAAGUCAAAGCUGCUGUCGAGGAAGUUUAA